UUAGUAUAGUUUGGAGGAACACUGUUACUGAACACUGAGGAUUUCAGCUACAACAUCACAAUUACAUUUUUUUGACUAAAAAGAAAACAGUUUCAAAGAUGAACAGAAAAAUUCUCAUAGUCCAUCUUCUGAUUAUUGCAUCAGGGAAUGCCCAAAGCCCAACAACUAAUGCCCCCCCAACAACCACAGCUACUGCUGCAACCACAACCACAGCUGCCCCCACGACCACCACAGAUGGCAUGACGACUUCCACAAUUCCUGUCACAACAACCACAGCUGCUUCGACUACAACAACAGCAGCAACCACCCUAAUCACAGCAGAUCCCACCACAACCACUAAUGCUCCUACUACAACCACAGCUGCUGUCAUGACAACCAGAGAUGCUCCAACUACAACCACAAAUGGAGUCACAACAACCACAGUUUCUCCCACAACAAACACAGCUGCUGCUACAACAACCACAGAUAAAUCAACUACAACCACAAAUGGAGUCACAACAACCACAGUUUCUCCCACAACAACCACAGGUGCUGCCACCACAACCACAGGUGCCACCACGGUCACCACAGCAGACAUCACAACUACCACAGUUGCUCAUUCAACAACCACAGCUGCUCCAACUACAACCUUAACUAUGUCCAUGAUGAACACCACAGCCAUGACAACGACACCUGCAACUGCAGCAGCAGCCACCACAACCACAGUUGCUGCAACAACAACCACAGGUACUACAACCACAGCUACUGCUGCAACCACAACCACAGCUGCCCCCACGACCACUACAGCUGGCAUGACGACUACCACAAUUCAGGUCAAAACAACCACAGCUGCUUCGAGUACAACAGCAGCAACCACCACAAUCACAGCAGCUGACUCCACAACCACUACUGCUCCUACUACAACCACAGGUGCUCCAACUACAACCAUUGCUACUGCUGCAACCACAACCACAGCUGCCCCCACGACCACUACAGCUGGCAUGACGACUGCCACAAUUCCGGUCACAACAACAACAGCUGCUUCGACUACAGCAAUAGCAGCAACCGCCACAAUCACAGCAGCCACCACCCAAACCACUACUGCUCCUACUACAACCACAGCUGCUGCCAUGACAACCACAGAUGCGCCAACUACAACCACAAAUGGAGUCACAACAUCCAAAGUUUCUCCCACAACAAGCACAGCUGCUGACACAACAACCACAGAUGCUCCAACUACAACAACAAAUGGAGUCACAACAACCACAGUUUCUCCCACAACAACCACAGGUGCUGCCACCACAACCACAGGUGCCACCACGGUCACCACAGCAGACAUCACAACUACCACAGUUGCUCAUUCAACAACCACAGCUGCUCCAACUACAACCUUAACUAUGUCCAUGAUGAACACCACAGCCAUGACAACGACACCUGCAACUGCAGCAGCAGCCACCACAACCACAGUUGCUGCAACAACAACCACAGGUACUACAACCACAGCUACUGCUGCAACCACAACCACAGCUGCCCCCACGACCACUACAGCUGGCAUGACGACUACCACAAUUCCGGUCACAACAACCACAGCUGCUUCGAGUACAACAGCAGCAACCACCACAAUCACAGCAGCUGCCUCCACAACCACUACUGCUCCUACUACAACCACAGGUGCUCCAACUACAACCAUUGCUACUGCUGCAACCACAACCACAGCUGCCCCCACGACCACUACAGCUGGCAUGACGACUACCACAAUUCCGGUCACAACAACCACAGCUGCCUCGACAACAACAACAGCAGCAACCACCACAAUCACAGCAGCUGCCUCCACAACCAUUACUGCUGCUACUACAACCACAGGUGCUCCAACUACAACCAUAGCUACUGCUGCAACCACAACCACAGCUGCCCCCACGACCACUACAGCUGGCAUGACGACUGCCACAAUUCCGGUCACAACAACCAGAGCUGCUUCGACUACAACAACAGCAGCAACCACCCUAAUCACAGCAGAUCCCACCACAACCACUAAUGCUCCUACUACAACCACAGCUGCUGUCCUGACAACCACAGAUGCUCCAUCUACAACCACAAAUGGAGUCACAACAACCAAAGUUUCUCCCACAACAAACACAGCUGCUGCUACAACAACCACAGAUAAAUCAACUACAACCACAAAUGGAGUCACAACAACCACAGUUUCUCCCACAACAACCACAGGUGCUGCCACCACAACCACAGGUGCCACCACGGUCACCACAGCAGACAUCACAACUACCACAGUUGCUCAUUCAACAACCACAGCUGCUCCAACUACAACCUCAACUAUGUCCACGAUGAACACCACAGCCAUGACAACAACACCUGCAACUGCAGCAGCAGCCACCACAACCACAGUUGCUGCAACAACCACAGGUACUACAACCACAGCUACUGCUUCAGCCACAACCACAGCUGCCCCCACGACCACUACAGCUGUCAUGACGACUACCACAAUUCCGGUCACAACAACCACAGCUGCCUCGACAACAACAACAGCAGCAACCACCACAAUCACAGCAGCUGCCUCCACAACCACUUCUGCUGCUACUACAACCACAGGUGCUCCAACUACAACCAUAGCUACUGCUGCAACCACAACCACAGCUGCCCCCACGACCACUACAGCUGGCAUGACGACUGCCACAAUUCCGGUCACAACAACCACAGCUGCUUCGACUACAACAACAGCAGCAACCACCCUAAUCACAGCAGAUCCCACCACAACCACUAAUGCUCCUACUACAACCACAGCUGCUGUCAUGACAACCACAGAUGCUCCAACUACAACCACAAAUGGAGUCACAACAACCACAGUUUCUCCCACAACUAACACAGCUGCUGCUACAACAACCACAGAUAAAUCAACUACAACCACAAAUGGAGUCACAACAACCACAGUUUCUCCCACAACAACCACAGUUGCUGGCACCACAACCACAGCUGCCGCCACGGUCACCACAGCAGGCAUCACAACUACAGUUGCUCAUUCAACAACCACAGCCGCUGCCACUUCAACCACAGCAGCUGCCACAACAACAACUUCUCCAACUACAACCACAGCUAGCGUUACAAAAACCGCAGCUGCUCCUACAACAUCCACAGCUGCUGCUACGACAACGACAGCUUCCCAAACUACAACCUCAGCUGUUCCCACGACAACCACAGCUUCUCCAACCACAACCACAGCUGCUCCAACUACAACCACACUUGCUUCCUCUACAACAUCAGCUGCUGCCAGAACAACCAUACCUGCUGCCAUGACAAGCACAGCUUCUCCAACUACAACCACAGGUGUUCCCACGACAACCACAACUGCUGCCAAGACAUCCACAGAAGCUGCUCCGGCAACCACAGCUGCUCCAUCUCCAACCAAAAAUGCCCCCACAACAACCACAGUUGAUCCAACUACAACCACAAAAGAUGGAAACACAAUCAUAGCUGCUGCCACAACAAUGACAGCUGCUCAAACUACAACCACAGCUGUUCCCACCACAACAACAGCUGCCGCCACGGUCACCACAGCUGGCAUCACAACUACCACAGCUACUCCCUCAACAACCACAGCUGCUUCUACUACAACCACAACUACGUCCAUGACGACCACCACAGCUCCUGCUAUGACAACGACAGUUGCAACUGCUGCAGCAGCCACCACAACCACAGUUGCUGCCACAACAACCACAGGUGCUCCAACUACGACCACAGCUGCUGCCACUUCAACCACAGCAGUUGCCCCCACAACUACAGUUGCUCCAACAACAACAACCACUGCUGCUUCCACAACAACCACAGAUGCUACAACUACAACCACAAAUGGAGUCACAACAACCACAGUUUCUCCCACAACAACCACAGCUGCUGCCACCACAACCACAGCUGCCGCCACGGUCACCACAGCAGGCAUCACAACUACCACAGUUGCUCAUUCAACAACCACAGCUGCUCCAACUACAACCUCAACUACGUCCAUGAUGACCACCACAGCUCCUGCCAUGACAACGACACCUGUAACUGCUGCAGCAGCUACCACAACCACAGUUGCUGCAACAACAAUCACAGGCGCUCCAACUACAACCACAGCUGGCGUUACAAAAACCACAGCUGAUCCAACGACAGUCACAGCUGCUGCUACGACAACGACAGCUUACCAAACUACAACCACAGCUGUUCCGACGACAACCACAGCUGCUGCCACCACAACCACAGCAGCUGCCCCCACAACCACAGCUGCAUCAACUAUAACCGUAAAUAUAGGCACAACAACAACAGCUUCUGCCACAAAAACUACAGAUGUUCCAACUACAACCACAGUUUUUGUUGCAACAACAACUAUACCUGCUCCCACGACAACCACAGCAGCUGCCACCACAACCAUAUUUGCUCCAUCUACAACCGAAAAUGCCCCCACAACAACCACAGUUGCUCCAACUACAACCACAACAGACACAAACACAACCACAGCUUCUGCCACAACAACCACAGCUGCUUCCUCUACAACUAGAGCUGCUUCCUCUACAACUACAGUUGCUGCCACAACAACGAUACCUGCUGCCACUUCAACGACAGCAGCUGCCACAACAACAACAUCUCCAACUACAACCACAGCUAGCGUUACAAAAACCACAGCUGCUCUUACGACAUCCACAGCUGCUGCUACGACAACGACAGCUUCCCAACCUACAACCACAGCAGCUGCCACCACAACCAUAGCUGCUCUAUCUACAACCAAAAUUUCCCCCACAACAACCACAGUUUCUCCAACUACAACCACAACAGACGCAAACACAACCACAGCUGCUGCCACAUCAACAACAGCUGCUCAAACUACAACCACAGCUGUUCCCACAACAACCACAGCUGCUGCCAUGACAACAACAGCUUCUCCAACUAGAACCACAGCUGCUUCCACUACAACCACAGCUACUUCCACUACAACCACAGGUGCUGCAACAACAACCACAGCAGCUGCCCCUACAACAGCUGCUCCAACUACAACCACAAAUGCCGCCACCACAUCCACAGCUGGCAAAACGACUACCACAGCUGCUUCUACAACAGCCAGAACUAAUACAGCAACAGCUGCCACCACCACCACUGAUGGCACGAAUACCACAACUGCUUCGACUAUAACCACAUCUUCUGCGACGACAACCACAGCUGCUGCCACAAACACCACUGUACCAACAACAACCAAAAUUGUUCCCACAACCACCACAGCCACCGCUACCACAACUAAGUCAACAGCGGCACCGACAGCGAAUGGGGGGUCAAUGGAAUUAGGAUUCAGAAUGUUCCGUACAUUCCAAAGUGACUAUACUGAUUCUUCCACAACAGCAUAUCAGGAACUGGCAGAAAAUGUUACCACAGAGGUGAAUCAUGGUUACAAAAUAAUUUACCCUUUAUCAUACGUAAGGUGUAGGAUUAUUCAGUUCACGAGUGGGUCAAUUAUUGUCAACAUGACCCUUAUUUUCAAGAACCAGACAGUGGUUCCCAAUGUAACGAGUGUGGAGCAGGGAUUGACUGACUCUCUGUCUCACGGGAACACCUUCCUCAACAUUGAUACAACCUCCAUCACUGCAAGAACUACAACUUCCGCAGCCACCACAGUUGCCGCAACUACCACCACAACAACCACAGCCACCCCCACAACAACAACAGCUGGUCCUACAACCAACACAGCUGCUUCAACAACAUCUGUUGUUGAAUCAACAAUAAACAAUGCUGCCGCCUCCAGCGGAAUAAGCUUCAAGACAAGUCUUCUCAUCUGUCUUAUUAUGUUGUCACAACUGCUUGACUAAUACUGAUAUAACUGAUCACCACUGUGACAGGGAAACUUACCAGACAGUCUAAUCAUAUUAAUUAUUAGAAAUGUAUAGUAUUUACUAUUAUUUAUUACCUAAAAAUGUACAGGGUAAAGAUGAAAUUCUAUGGAGAACAUGGGAAUAUUCAACAGCUUGAGGAUAAUGUAAAAAAAAAGACAGCUGUUUUACCAAUUAUCAACAAGAUUCUAAGAAUCUUGAUAGUUAUUCCUUCUACCUACUGCACUAAUAUUUAUUGUAACUGAAUGGUGUAUUUAUACUGUUUUGUAAUUCAGUAUUACUCAUACUUUGAAUGAAGAAAGUGCUGGUUUCAUUUUCUGUACCGGAUUAAUGAAGAAAUUAAAUUAAAUGCAAUCAA